GCCUGGCUGUGGCGGCGGCGGCAGGUAGCGGCGGGCGGCGCGGGGCGGGUGUGCGUGGCGGUGCUGGGCGACCUGGGCCGCAGCCCGCGGAUGCAGUACCACGCGUUGUCGCUGGCCCGGCACGGACGUGACGUCGCGCUGUUGGGCUACCUCCAGAGCAGGCCGCACGGAGACGUGUUGCGGAGCGGGAGGAUACGGCUGGUGCCCGUGACGGACCUGUGCGGUCUGCGAGUUGGUCCAAAGCUUUUCCAGUAUGUUGUAAAAGUCGUUGUGCAAGCAGUGCAGUUACUAUACGCGAUGCUGAAGAUAGAUCAGCCAUCCUAUAUUCUUCUCCAGAACCCUCCAGGCUUACCUGCCAUAGCUGUGACCUGGCUAGCAUGUCUCUUCUGGAGAAGCAAGCUGAUCAUUGAUUGGCACAACUAUGGAUACACUGUAAUGAGUCUGAGCCAUGGAAGAAAUCACCCGCUGGUACAAAUUGCAAAAUGGUAUGAAAAGCUUUUUGGACGUUUGUCUGACUAUAACUUGUGUGUCACUAAUGCAAUGAAAGAAGAUCUCUGGGUGAAUUGCAACAUAAAGGCAGUAACGCUCUAUGACAAGCCAGCUGCUUAUUUUAAGGAAACACCAUUAGAACUUCAACAUCGUUUGUACAUGAAACUUGCUGAAGACUAUGAGCCUUUUAAACCACGUACAGAGUCUGUCAGUUGGAGUGGUGAGAAAUCAGCCUUUACAGAAGUGGAUGGAAGCAGUGGACACGUGAAGAAGAGCAGAACACGGCCAGCACUUCUCAUCAGCAGCACAAGUUGGACAGAGGAUGAAGACUUUUCAGUCCUUUUAAAAGCUUUAGAAGGUUAUGAGCAGUACAUCAAUGAAGGAGUCAAGCUUCCACCUUUAGUAUGCGUGAUAACAGGUAAAGGACCGUUAAAGGACUACUACAAUGGGCUGAUAAACAAGCUGCACUUCAAACAUAUCCAAAUCUGUACACCAUGGCUUGAAGCUGAGGAUUACCCUCUUCUGCUUGGCUCAGCAGACCUGGGUGUGUGUCUCCAUAAAUCAUCCAGUGGUUUGGAUUUACCCAUGAAGGUGGUAGAUAUGUUUGGCUGUUGUUUACCUGUGUGUGCAAUACAUUUUGAAUGUUUACAUGAACUUGUGAAACACAAUGAAAAUGGUCUGAUAUUCAGAGACUCGGAUGAACUUGCAGCACAACUAAAGAUGCUUUUCUUAGAAUUCCCUGCCCUGGAAGGCAAACUCCACAGCUUCAGGAAAAACCUCCGUGCAUGCAGGCAAUUACGCUGGGAUGAGAGCUGGGACCAGACUGUUCUGCCUUUGCUUGGGUGACUUUUGCGUGGGGAGGAGGGUGUCAAAAAAGCUGAUACCCUACUGCAGCUGCCUGGAUUUGCUCAACAGUGAAUAAACACUUUGUAUUGGCU